GCUCUUCCUGCCAUAUGUUUUGCAACCUCGUCUCUGAUCUCCCGCCGCGUGUUAUCCUCCCUCUAGCGGCGUGGAUCCACUGCACCAUUGAUUAAUUAAUCGCUUACCUUUUCUACGUGUCCUGGUACGCGUGGGUGCGAGAACCACCAGCUCCUGUCCCUUCUUCUCUCGGAUCGGGAGGAACAGAGGCGAUCAAGAUUUGGAUUUGCAUUCGGACAGUGGGCGGCGGCGGCGGCGGCGGCAUGGAGAAGGAGGAGAAGCAGGAGAUGGAGGAGAGAGCGGCGGCGGCGAGGCGGCGUCUGGUGAUCGGGGUUGGGUUCUGGGUGCAGGGGUUCCGGCUGUUCCCGUGGCUGGGUGUCAACUUCUUCCUCAAGGACGGCAUGGGCGUCGCCGCCUCCUCGCUGCAGAUCCUCCAGGCCUCCGCCAACCUGCCCAUGGUCGCCAAGCCGCUCCUCGGCCUCCUCUCCGACGCCGUCCCCAUACGCGGACACCGACGCCUGCCCUACGUCGCCAUCGGCGCUCUCUUGCAGGCAAUUUCAUGGUUAGCAAUUGCCCAUUGGCCAGCUAUUUCUCUUCCGGUUCUUACCAUUUUUCUCCUCUUGAGCAACUUUGGUGCUUCCAUAUGUGAGGUUGCCAAUGAUGCCAUUGUAGCGGAGGCCGGGAAGCAAGCGACCUCUUCCUCAGGGUCAGGUCAGCUUCAAUCCUUUGCUUGGAUGUUUGGCUCUUCUGCUGGUGCUUUCGGAAACCUCCUUGGUGGCAUUGCUCUCAGUUACUUUUCUCCCAAAAUCAUGUUUAUGUUUUUUGCGAUCCUUCUCCUACUCCAGUUCGUCACUACUGUGGCUAUACCUGAGAGCUCCCUCAAACUCCCGAAGGCAGCUACUAAUCUAUCAGCUAUAUCCAGCAUCCGUAAGCAAAUCAAAGAGCUAUCAUGCGCCCUGUGUAUGCCCGAAAUGUUUUGGUCAAUCAUAUGGUUUUCAGUGUCUUACGCCGUCAUACCAUUUCUACUUGGGACCAUGUUCUUCUAUCAGACUGAAGUGUUGAAACUAGAUUCAUCAGUUAUCGGUUUAUCAAAGGUGUUUGGGCAAGUGGCUCUCUUGGCUUGGAGCAUGUCAUACAACAAGUACUUCAAAACAAUGUCUGCCCGUAAGGUCCUAUCAGUUCUGCAGUUUGUCACAGCACUCGUAAUGUUGUCAGAUGUGUUAUUUGUUCAGGGAAUAUACAGGAAGAUUGGUAUACCAGACUCCAUAUACACAAUUGUGUUCUCCGGAUUGCUGGAAGGUCUUAUGUUUUUCAAGGUGCUGCCCUUCAGUGUUCAUGUUGCAAAACUUUGCCCAACUGGCUGUGAGGGAUCAGUUAUGGCCUUUGUCAUGUCUGCACUUGCCCUUGCUACUAUUGUCAGCGGUUAUCUUGGAGUUGCACUGGUUGCAUUCAUGGGGGUAUCUGGAGACAAUUUCUCAGCAUUGCCAGCUUGCCUGUUGAUUGAGGCUGCAUGCACAAUGCUGCCAUUGUGUUGCUCAUCAUUGAUCAAAGAGAGGAGAGGAAAGGAGAAGAAAGAAGAGUAGCAUACAUCUAUAUCAUCUAGAGAUUUGUGUCGGUGCUUGUUAGGGUUUACCCUCACCUUUUUGGUGCCAGUUCAGUUUCGUUAUGUGAUCAUAGUUAGCAGAAAUAAAAUAGGAGAAGAUUAGAUUCGUCAGGUGUUCAUACCUCUUAAGGCUUCCCAAGAAUUAUCGUCAAGCAAGGAGAAGAUAUGUGCAUACAUGUGUGCUACCAUUCUUCUACAGAUCAAGUAUUAUUUUUAUGUACCUUAGUUUGCUUGUUACAUGUGUUCUUAAUGGACACUUAAAUGAAUUUAUGCUGUGUUAUUUACUAGUCCUUGUACCUCUGUUAUCAAAAAUGUAAUCUUGUGACCA